UUGACAGUAAACACCGUAACGGACGGCGAGAAGAAGUUCCAGUGCUCGUGGACCGGGUGUCUGUACGGGACGGACAAUAGGGGCAACUUUCAGAAGCACUACCGCAUCCAUACGGGAGAGAAGCCGUACAAAUGCACACACGAUGGCUGUCAGUACAGUUGUUCAGACCCGGCCCGGUUCCGCGAACACAAGCUGAUCCACUCGACCGAGAAGGGCUACGUGUGCGGUUGGCCCGGCUGUACGUGGAAGUUCAAGACACACAAACUGCUCAAAAACCAUAUCAAGGCCUGCCAUACGGGCGAUAAGCCGCACAAAUGCGAGUGGCCAGGUAUGUGUUUUACCAACCCAUCCCUACCCACACAACCAAUUACUUACCUUUAA